GUGGAUGACACAGUCCAUACUUGAAACAGGUAGAGAACGGUCCUCUAACAAGAAUAGUUCAAGUGUAUUAAAUAGUUCUUUAACGAAAACUGUGAUCGUCAAACUAAUGUUAGGAUUGAAACUAUCAACCGACACAUGAACGCACCAAAGACACGUAAAUAUUGAAUCAAGUGCGCUAAACUGACACGUCAGCAGAUUAAGAAUACAUUGUCAGCUACUUGUGCAAUUGUAUCGCAAUGUACAGUCAAACAUACGAGGAUGACGCACCACUACCCCUGAUUGCAAAUUACACAGUCGUUAAAGAAGAUGACGAAGAAAAGAGAGAGACAGAAGAUCGCGUUAUUCUAGAAAUAGGGCGACAAGAUGAUAAACCCAAAGAGGAACACACGUUUUCCCAUAAAAAGUAUGACAAAACUAUAUCACAUCACAGAUCUUAUGUACUAGAGGAUUAUGAACCAAGAAGAAUAUGUUACUUCAGACCGCAUGAAUUGGAUCACAGUGCUUCUGAAGGUUCCAGAUACUAUGAACAAGAAUAUAGAGAAACGAAUGUAGUUGAGACAGCGAACUCCGAGUCCUCUCUAGACUACUCUCACGAAUCCCAGGAUACCUCCAAAUAUGGCACGGACGACCCCACACAAGACACUGUCCUGAAUUGGAAGGAACGCGCCAUGCAGUUGGAGAAAGAAUACAAAAAGACAGCCUGCGACAGAGAGAGGACGCGAAUGAGGGAUAUGAACCGCGCUUUCGAUUUGUUACGUUCCAAGUUACCAGUCACUAAGCCAUCCAAGAAGAAAUACUCUAAAAUUGAAUGUUUAAGGAUAGCCAUCUGUUACAUCAGACACUUGGAGUACAUGUUAGCUGGAGGAUCCCCUGAUGAUAAUCCCGCCUUCUUCGAGCUUCAAGCCUCCGACCUUAGACGGAGACAACAAAGAUACUAGUUGCUAAAUAGUUUUCAAGAAACGAAAACUUAUAAUUUGAUUUUGUAGGUGACAUGGCUACCUAUGCCAUGCAUUUUAAGUUUUUUUAAGUACAAAACUGUACAUAAUAUAUGGGGAGACCUCUUAUGACUUAAUUUAAACCACAUAUUCGUUCUUGGCUGACGAUAUACGAAAAAUGAGCAAAAACGCCCAGUAGAUACGCUAAAAAGUGCAUUAUUCUCUUUGAGCUAAUUUGGACACUCUUUACAAAGACGGCAUUAUAACAGUCGCGUGUCCGUAACAUUCCUAGACAAUCUAUAACAUUAAAGCUUCUCUGUGGUCAAGAAACAUGGAGCUGUUCACAUAGAAUUUAAUACUUGAUUAAUUUAAUUAUUUAUGUUGAUUUUUAUAAGUUUCUGUUUUCGUUGAAAUAUUUAGUUGUAUUAUGCUUCUGUGGACGAGUACUACUUGUAGUUUCAUUUAAGUCAUAUGAGUGAUCUCCAUACUGUAUA